UUGUCGCAUUUCACUUACGAAGGCCACGGUUGCAAAAAUGCUUACAAAAAGAAUGUACAAGUACCCACCUGUCCCCUCUGUGAUAAACCUGUGCCUACACCAAAAGGAGUUUCUCCAGAUGUCCAGACGAGCAUAUCCAAGAAUAAUCUGUGGCCGGCAAGGUCCGAAAAAAAGAAUCUUCGCGAACAGAUGCACUGUGAAAAGGGUGUAAAAAGAAGGAGCUUGUUCCCAUCACGUGUCCUUCUUGCCAUCAUCAAAAUUAUUGCCUUAGCCAUCGUCACGAGAAGGAUCACAAUUGUGAACAAGCCAGAAGCAGUCCUGCUCUUUCAAAGGCUGCUGCGGCUGCUUUCGCAAGAAACCAGGGAGGACAAAAUUGUGCUACAAAUCUCCGAGGACGAGGCUUUGGCAAGAGCAUUGGCAGAAUCUAUGGAUGAAGUCUCCAUAAGUCCCGAAGAGCGAGAUAGGAGGUUGGCGGAACAGUUGCAGGCGCAGGAGUAUGGGAAUAACCCAGUUGGACAGCGCAACACACGAGCCGUCUCUGGCAAUACAAACAGCUGCUCUAUAUCCUGA